GAACCUACAUUAAAAGGUUUAGUUAUUUAGUGUUUAAAACUUGUUGCUAUUGUUAAAUUACCAUAGAUAAAGGAUCUGUUUUCCAAAUUUUGUAUUUGUUUUUUGCUGUAUCUUCAAUAGGUUUUCUUUUGGAACAUGUUGGUUUUUCGAUGUCCAUAUCAAAUAUGUAUUUGUUUACAAUUAAACAGCUGAUGUUUAUGCGUGUUACUAAUGAUUGUUAUAAAAAUUCCGCUUAACUAACAACCACCAAAUGUUUAAUGAUAAUCUGAGAGCAUUAAGGAAUACUGAUAAUUAUCAACAAAAAUCACAUUAUUUUUAUCAGUAAAAAUUCUCAUUUGCAAGUUAAUUAGUGGACGCGCGUUUUAUUGCAUAUGUAUAUAAAAAUUGCGAGAAAUAGGUAAAGAAAUCCUACAUAAAAAUUUGUCAAUGAAAAAUCCAUUUAUGUAGCGAAAGGUACCAAUUUUUUUAUAUUUUUAACCUUUUAUUUUAUUACACUUGCACGUGUGCCCAUAAAUAUUUUAAAAAGUAGGUAGAAUUGCAAGAAUUUUGCUCACACGUGCACUUUUGAACAUUUAAAAAAUAAUUCUCCGAAACAUGCUUUUUAUAGUUAUUAUUUUCUUGCGUGUAAAAAUCGCGAAAACCACUACCUGUUAUUGGAAAUUUUACAAAUUGUUUGUUUUGUUGUUAUCCUUAUUUAUUUUCUUAAUAAUUGACAAAAUUAGGUAAAAAUCAAUUUCAAUCUAUGGAGCUCUUUGUUCAAAGGAAAAUAAUCCUUAAUAAUUAUGUACAUUCAUUGUCAUUCAUAUUCAGUAUACAAUUGAUCAGCCAACAAAAUACAUCCAUUUACCCGCUUCUUUCAAUUGCUUAUAUACGAAAAUAAAUUAGCAACAUUGUUAAUCUAUCCACGCAAUAUUAAAAAUAAUAAAAUAACACAAUGCCAAAAGUUUUAAAAACUAAAGAAAGCAAACGUUUGUUGCAAAAACAAACAAACUAGUGAAGAAGGAAAACGCAACAUCAUCUAUUUACAUAUAUGGAGAAAACAACCAAUAGUGCACAAGAAUUGCGCAAUAAAUUAAAAGAACUACAACAAAAAUUGGAAAAAAUAACAGCGCAGAAAGAAACCAAAACACGAAUAAGUGAAGAAAACUCUGUGGGAUCUUACGAUGCUGAAAAUGAUGAACAACCUGUUGUGUCGAGGCUAAACAAAAUAACAAAUCCAAAUGAAAGUGAAGUGAUUAUUUCUCCAAUUGAAGCUAAUCCUCCAAUUGAAAAGGGUUCCACCCAGCUGUAUGGAAAAAAUUAUGAAGAAGAUAUGGUUCACUUAAAAGACAACAUUUAUUGUCGGAAAAUUGUUUAUGACAGUGCAUUAGGAUCAUCUUUCAAGGCAUCUCAUAUUUCAUAUUUUCUUACAGUGAAUACCAGCUAUAACACCAAAUUUCUAGGCUAA